GGUAAAGUCUCUUUUCGCUGUUGUGGACAGGCACGAUUAUAAACUUUGUUAUUAAUCGUAAACCAGACAUUUGAUAUCACAUCAGAAUAUGAGGGGGUAUGUGUAUACAGCCUUGUGGUACCUCCUUGCUUUUUAUCUGCACGUUUGUGUCCUUUUGGCUUCGGAACUGUGCAAGCUUGUUGAGGAAUUCGAUUACGGAUAUGUCUUGACAUUAUCGGCGUUCCAUUCUGUGAAACGUUCAUCACUUUACUCCUGCGCAGGAAUGUGUAAAUCUAUGCGGCUCUGUAAGUCUAUUAACUUCCAUCUUGAAGAAAAGAAAUGUUACCUGAACUUUCAAAAUGCAAAGAUGGAGAGAAAAACCUUGCUGGUGGAGGAUCCCCUCUUCGCGUACUCCGAAAAAUCGCGGUGGCCGAAGGAAAUAGCUGGGCCCUGCGCCAAUGUGUGGUGCAAGAUUUCCAAACCGUGUACAGUGGAGAGAACUGGACAAGCCAAAUGUGGUACCUUUUUCUUUCAAGACUUCGCUGCGAAUAUCGAAUAUGAAUACGUCUCGGUGAAUAUGACUUGGGAUAAUGCGAAGCGAUACUGCGAAAUGCGGGGCAGCCAUCUUGCAAAAGUCGACACGUUGCCAAAGUUCUACUUUCUUCAAGGGAUUGCAAACAGGACAGAGUUAAAUGAAAUGGAAAUAUUCCUUGGCGGAUCGGUGAAGGACUAUGAUGGAGACUGGAGAUGGAUGGAUGGAACAUCGUUCCAGAACAUAACCUUUAUAGUAGGGGAACUCGCAGGAAGAAAACAAACUUGUCUCUCUGUCCGUUUUUCAGUAGGAUGGAACGACCCGAACUGCUUGAUAAAAAGACCAUUCAUAUGUGAGAAAAUGAUGUAACAUGUUUGAUGAGCAGCAUGUUACGGUUAAUAAUUGCCGUGACAAAAAGGUUUAAGAGUCCCCUUUGAACCAGCAAAAUA